AUGGACAUAAAAACCAAGAAAGAGUGUGGUUUAGCAGAAGAUACCCAGCAUUUAUGGGCGGACUCUGCGCCAGCGGCUGUCGCUAAGGCGGUGCUUGCCCAACCUUUGAGCUCACCCUGGCGCUUCUUGCUCCAACAGUCCUGCUUGUAUCGUCAGCAUCCUGAAGCGGUGCCUCCAAUGGUUUUGGCAGCUAUGGUUCUCAGCUUUUGUGAUGCGGAUACCUGCUUCAAGCCUAUCGAUGGGGAAUCACCUCUGACGCCAGGGUGCCGUUUCUUGUGCGUGUCUCUGGCGACUGGGACACGCUGCUCUGGGGCGAUAUUGGAAGUGAAGGAUUUCUCUAUGAGACAUUUUUUAAUAAGCGACGGGCAUGCUGAGGUACUUGCACGCCGCUCUCUCCUCGCAUUUUUACUUGAUGCUGUGCGUUCAGCCAGCAGAGAUGGCUGCUGUUUUGGUUACGCAGGUUCUCAGCCGUUUGUGGUGAGGGAUUCUGAAAACAACGGGUGGCGACUGCGUUCGGAUGUUCGGGUUCACUUAGUGGUCACACAUUGGCCAUGCGGUUCCAUGGCGUUGUCGGCCACAUCACGCACAGGGGGGCAUCUCCUUCUGCGUACUCCUUCUGCCAAACUUUUUGGCGCCUGGGAGAAAGAUUGUGUUGCGGAAACGGAGUUUGAGGACGGGUGUCCAGAUGAUAGUGUGAAACAUUCGACAAUAUAUGUGUGCCACCACAUUGUUGCGACGCACGAGAGUAUGUGUGAGAGGGAUCCCCAUUACACUCACUGUUGCCGUGUGAAGCCUGGAAAGGGGCAUCCCAAUCUGAAUAUGAGUUGUAGCGACAAGCUGUGGCGAUGGUCGGUGUUUGGGCUUCAGGGACGUCGUUGCAUGCGCAUUCUGACGCAGCCUAUUCGCUUAAAUAGCAUCGAAGUCGCUGUUGACGUAAGCACCGAUAAGGGAAACGGCAGCAACUGUGUGAGUGGAAUUGAUCAGGCCAAGAACGCACUGGAUUCUUUGUUGUGGAAAACAUGUGCAUUUGAGGAGCAGGUGGGAGCGGGUGGAUGUGGUAGUCACCCUGUUCCAUCACCACUGCCCCUACCCAACAUUUCGGUCUUUUCAAUUGAACAAUUAUAUGGAUUAGGUGACGACAUCCCAAAAGGUGCAAAAGGUGCGUGUGACUCUAGCACAAUUAGCGAUUCUGGCUACUCCCGCUGCUCGUGGAUGACAAACCUUCGUUUCUCUGGUGAAGUCCCAGGUAAGGCUGAAAAGUUAUUGGUGCCUAUGGGAGUGAAUUCACCGAUCAAUUCACCUAAUCACAUCAAUGAUGUUGCCUGUUGCUUGGGCAUCAAGCGUUCACGUGUUUCAGAUCCUGUGACUGACACCGACAACAACCUGAAGGUUAGACCAACCCGCCCUCUAUCCGUUAUCGAGGCUACAUGGAAAGGAAGUUCGUUCCUCACACUUAAUACCAAGGCCGGUCUUCCACAAGGCGUCAGCAUACAGCAACUAAACCGCGCUUUAGAGAAGAUAACACCUAACCUUUUUAUGAGAUACCCCCUAUCUCGAGCGUGGAUGGAGGCACGGGUGGAGUCUGCUCAAAAUGAGCUCACUAAGGACAUGGGGUGUCUAGGAUAUGACACAUGGAAGUUCUCACCUUGUAAGGAUGAUGCGUUUAAAGCACUUUUGUACGGCAUACCAAACAGCUCUUCCUCAUCCGAGAAGAAAUUGCUCUGGGUUAUGAAACACUAUGACACAACAAAUACCAGUAAGAAUACAUAA